AUGACAAGCAGUGCACUACCAACGUUGCAUCCGUUGGUCGAAUGGGCUCAGCGCGACAAAAUUCUUUAUUUGACCGUUGAGAUUGACAACGUGAACGAUCUCGAUAUCACUGACAAAUCUCUCCGUAUCACAGGCACAUUCGGCGGAAACAAAACAUUGUAUGAAGCAUCGUUGGAAUUUUACGAUAAUAUCAAGACAGAUUAUCGUAAAAUCGAUAACAAUAGGCAUCUGGAAUUGGUGAUCAACAAGGAAGCCUCGAAAUGGUGGCCGCGUUUGCUCAAAGACGCUGUCAAGGUAGGCUGUGUGCAUUUUCUUCCAUGGGUGAAGGUUGAUUUCAACAAGUGGAAGGAUGAGGAUGAGGACGAAGAUUUUGGUGGAAGCGAUUAUGACUUCCAGAAUUAUAUGUCAAAAUUGGGCAGUAGUGGUGGCCCUGGCAAAGGACCUGCGGACGAUGAUUUCUACGAUACUGAUAGUAGCAAGGAUGACGACGAUGGGGGCAUGUUACAUUUCUUUUCAUUGUUUUUUUCUUUUUUUUGGCGGACAACUUAUUUAAAAAGAGAUAACUCUUAG